AUAUUUAACUGACAGGUCUGGAAGAAUUUUCUAUUUCCUUUAUCUUAAUUAGAAUUGCCAACCAUGGUCGACACCUAUAAAAACGCGGUGGUAAGCUCAAAAACCAUUGUAAAUCCAUUUUGGUUACAGUAGCUGCAAUACAACAUGAUUUGGAUUUGGAGCCUAAUUACACUGGGAAUAGUUGUUGGCGCAACGGGAGGCGUGUUUAUUAAUUCGAGGACCGAAAGUUCGAUAGCCCCAAGCACAACAACAACAAAGCCGACAUCCUUAGCCGAAUCGAAAAAUAUGCAAACUACUGUGGAUCCAUUCACUGCACUCGAUAAUAAAAUAACCAAUGAUCUUCAGAAUAUUCUAAGCAAGUAUGAGCGUGAAUGCAUGGGUAAUUCGGAAUUUACAGAAAAUAUUGACCUCGUACGCAAAGCGGCAAAAUGGAGCAAAGAACGUUUGGAAGAUAAGUUAGACGCUAGAAAAGAUUUCAAUAUAUACAAUGAGAAACGUAUUUCUCUUGAACAACAAAUUGAUGAGCGCAUAGAGGCCCUCAAUAAUAUCCUGCCUACCCAACAACCGAAUAGUCGUUGCUCAAAAUUUUACUUGAAACAAAGAGAAACUCUCAAGAAUUCCAAGCAACUUUCGAAUAAAGGAAAAAUAUCCGCUUUACAUAAUAACACUGAAAUUUGCAAGAGCAAGGAUAACGAUGAUUACGAUUACUAUUACGAUUAUAAUUACUAG